CCAGGCUUUUCCUUCCUUCGACUUUGUGAAAAUUCUCUCUUAGCAGGGCUCGUUUAUUAAUUAUCGCUAAUAAACUGCACAAUGCACAUCUCCUUCUCCAAUCCAAGAUUCCAUUAAAUCUGGCCACUCUCUCCUUUUUAUUCGGAGUGUUCAACCCACCUUCUUGCUGAUAAGCUAACCCGUGCCGAUCCGCUUCCAAGGUCCAUCAGCUACCCUAUUUAUCCCAAACGAUUUCGAAAUCGUUUUGAUACGCAAAACCCAGCCUCGCAUGGGUCUGUGAAUUAGUACCACGUGCUAUCAGAUUCAGAUUGCGUAUUCAACCAUUACAAAAAAGCAUAUCGUGAUAAAAUGUUCUAACUGCGUUUCCACACCAACCAUAACGCUUUCAGGCACCCGUACACUAACGCCCAAUUCGUCCGUUCUCGAUAGUAAUACGAGCAUCCAAGAUCUUUAAUCCGACGUCUGCCGAAUUCCCGUGGUGGAUAUUCAUUAUGGCCAACAACGAAUUUAUGGAUCCUACCCCCGCUAGCCUUAGGCUUCCCGAUUCUCUUGAUGAGGUUCGAGUUACAAGUUUACCACACGCCGCCUACUACAUCUCGGAUUUCAUCACGCAAGAGGAAGAGCAAGCGAUUCUUGACAAAAUAGCAUCCGCACCGAAACCACGUUGGAAGCAAUUAUCCCAUCGCCGACUGCAAUCCUGGCCGUCCGAUCUCGUGAAUAAUAAGUUGAUGGAUGCUCCCUUGCCGAUUUGGUUGAGUGAUCCGAUUGUGCCGCGUCUGAAAUCGAUCCGACUCUCACAAGAACCCGAUUCGCCCGAUAUAUUUUCAGAUAGUCCCCACCAGAAACCGAAUCACGUUCUGAUCAAUGAAUACCCUCCUGGCAUCGGCAUAAUGCCUCAUAAGGACGGGGCUGCGUAUCAUCCUGUCGUGUGUACAGUGAGCCUCGGUGCUAGUCUCUGCCUCAACAUCUACAAAUCCAAGGACGACGGCGCGCUAGAUCCUAAUCCAGUAUGGAAAAUAUUGCAAGAGCCUCGAAGCCUACUCAUCACUACCUCUGAUCUUUACACAGAUUUUCUCCAUGGUAUCGAAGAUAUCACGGAAGAUAUUGAGCUCUCUAAUAGUACGAUUGCCAAUUGGGAACUCCUACGGUCGCCUAAAGAAUUUGCAAAUGGUUGCAAUGUACGAAAGACGCGUACCAGCUUAACGUAUCGAGACGUGGUGAAAGUAUCCAAGUUGGGAGGCAAGCUCGGAUUUCUGCAGAAAAAAUGAUGUGCCCAGACUGAUUUGAUUUCAAAAUAUGCCUGGUAUCAUUUUCCAUUUCCCUUGGACUCUUUCGUGGCCGAAUUUUUCACUAUACCACUUCUUGGUUCCGUUUGCAGUGACACCAAGAUUGACUGCGACAAACAGUACAGCACAGAUCAACGUCUUGUUGUACAGUUGGCCGGCGGGCGCUGCUAUCAACGCUAGAGAAAGAUAUAACACGCACUCGCACGUAUAAUGCGGGCACACUAGGUACUGGAAUAAGCCAUCCGCCGGAAGUGAAUAUUUCUUCAAUCGAGACAGAUAGCUAUGGCAUCUGUAUUGCAUGAACCAUGAGGCCCAAAACGUGAUAACCCCGAAGACCGUAUUGAAUGAUGGUAUCUCGAUACUAAAUGUCCUUCUAUCGGAAGACUGAAUCGAACCUAUCAUUACUUCUUAGAAUAUUAUAAAUAAAAGAUAGCCAUAGUACCUACGAGAUCCAUGUAUCCAAAUAG